GUUAAUCGUAGCGCAGAUCGUAUCUCAAGUGGGAACAAGUAGGAAGGUCAUUUGGAUUUAAUAAACAUUGAUAAAGUAUGAAAUAUAAAUGUGGCCAACCACUCAUAUUCGAUUUAUUGAUUCAAGCAUUCAUAAUUAAUGUGGAUUCAAAUCCUGUCUGCACAUCUAUGAAAAUGUUUCACUCAGCCAGAUAACUCGUCCAGUAGCCUACAUAAAUUGAUUCAUUUCUGGAAAUGAAGGCUAAAUUUGAAGGAAAAGUUUGUGGUGUGUGUGGAGAUAAGGCCUUAGGAUUCAAUUUUAAUGCAAUAACUUGUGAGAGUUGCAAGGCAUUCUUUAGAAGGAAUGCAUUAGUACAAAAAGAUUUCAAAUGUCCCUUUAGUGAACAUUGUACAAUAACUCCUGUAACUAGGAGGUUUUGUCAAAAAUGUAGACUAGAUAAGUGUUUCUCUAUAGGUAUGUGUAAGAAUUUGAUAAUGUCUGAAGAAGACAAGGAAGUGAAACGAAAAAAAAUUAUGGAGAAUCGAAGUCGCAAAAGGAUGGGUUUAGGUGCCUUCAAAAAAGGGUUCAAGAAGGUUAAGAAAGAAGCAAGUAAUAUUGAGCAUACAUCAAUUCAAUCCACUGAAGUUCAUGAUGAAAAUGAUCAAGUAUCCUUUCAAGAGUCAACAAUAUUGCCUCCCUUUCAAAAUAAUGAGGAAAUAAGCACCAUUGUACCUGAAGAAUUCACAUUGGUGUCCCCAAAUGAUACAGAAAUUGUAUCAUCUAGUGAUGAGGUUUCAAUGAUCAGAAGUAUCUUGAACAAUACACCCCAAAAAAAUGAAAAUCUUAGUCAAAUUAAUAACAAGUACGAAUGUAGUGUUAAUCCGAGUUUGUCAGGCGAUGAAAAAAAUAUUAAUGAUUCUAAUGAGGAUAGUUGUAUCAGUAUCACUGAUGGCAAAGAUAUUUCUUCUUCUAUCAAUCAAUUUUCAGGAGUUGUUGAGGAUACUCUAAGUGAUAUGCAAAAUUCUUCGGCUGAAGUCAACUCCCUGGAAACCAUAUUAUGUGAAGCGAUCAAAUUAGAAUUUCAAACUUUCACUCCAAUCAAUCAGAGCCAUUCCAAAGAAUUGAACGAUGCAGAAAGAGCAAAAUUGAAUGAACUAAUUGUUGCUAAUAAAGUUUUGUCUGUACCUUUCGAUGAUGAUAUAGAAAACAGUCUCUUAGGACAAAUGAGGGAUCCUCAUGGUAAAUUGGAAGCUGACCCAGCUCUUCUAGACGUUAUAAAUUUAACAGCUAUUGCUAUUAGGAGACUUAUACGAAUGGUUAAAAAAAUUAACGCCUUCAAAAGUAUGUGCCAAGAGGAUCAAGUGUCGCUGUUGAAAGGAGGUGCAACAGAAAUAAUGAUUUUGAGAAGUGCUAUGAAUUACGAUUCGAAAAAUAAGUCCUGGCAGAUACCAAAAAAGCAACAAAGCAUCAACUUAAAUGUAGAUAUUUUGAAACAAGCCAAGAACAAUGCGUAUGAUGAGCAUGAAAAAUUUAUCAGAACCUUCGAUCCAAGAUGGAGGGCAGAUGAAAAUAUCAUUUUGAUAAUGUGUGCUAUAGCCCUGUUCACACCAGAUAGGCCGAGGGUGGUCCAUAAGGAUGUUAUUAAAUUAGAACAGAAUUCCUACUAUUACCUACUGAAAAGGUAUUUGGAAUGUACCUAUCCAGGUUGUGAAGCAAAAUCAACAUUCUUAAAACUCAUGCAAAAAAUAUCGAAGCUCCAUGUUCUGAACGAAGAGCUGGUGAAUAUAUAUUUAGACGUGAAUCCAUCUCAGGUCGAACCUCUACUUAUCGAGUUAUUCGAUUUAAAGCCUUGAUUACUUGGCACAAUUUUUCACUCCACAAAAAAUGGCUGUUAAACAAUGGAAAUUUGUUCAGAAUUCACCUGUGCAAUAUUUAUAAGAAGUAUUUUAAGCUCCUCACGAUAUUUUUUUUUAUUGUUGAUUACAUAUGAAUGUUUCGAUUUUUUUAUUCUGUUUCUGAAACAAAUAUGUAUUAUUCUACGAUUAUGUUAGGAAUUUAAUUGAUUACUACGUAGUUUAUUAAGUGAGUAUUUAUAUAUUUCGGAAAUAUUUUAUUUGAAGGUAUGAAUUUAUUUUAAUUUUAAAUUAGAAACAAGUUUAAAAAAAAGUACUACUGAUACAAUCUCAAUUUAGGAUCUCAGUUCAACAUUGACUUGUAUAAAAUGUCAUUUACAGAAUAAAAAUGGCUGUUUAAUAGAGAAUUGGGGUUACUAAGAUGAGUGAAUCACCCUGUAUAGUUAUAUAUGAAGUAACCAGUUUUUUCGCAUUGUAAAUUUUUUAAAUCAAUGAUUUAAUAAUACAUAUUUGUUCCAUACCAUAUUUCAGGAAUAUUUUAUUUGAUGUUAUAAUUGAAUGUGUAUUUUGUGUAUCAAAUGAAGUUAAAUAAAUGAAUUUAUAUUUGUUACUAA